AACAGGAUGCUGGCAUGCAGGAUGGGAAAAGGCUGACUCCCAGCUGGGGAACCUUGGAGAUUGGAAAGCUGAACACUCCCAGAAUUGCUUAAUGACAAUGAAAACUGAUUUUUUUGUUACUUGUUCUUCACUCUGAGUAGUGCUGUGUAGAUUUCUGGAUACUUUUGAUUUAGUUUGUCUAACUUUGGAUAAAAGUAAAGCUUCACCGCCUCUUGUGUAACAGGUUGCAAAGGAAGAUGAAAAAGUUUAUUAUCCUUUUCUUCCUGAUCUUGGCUCCAGCCUCUGCUUAUAAAGAAGAUUUCAAGAGAAAGCUAAAUCUUUCACCAAACAAUAACAUUCAUAAACGACUUAAGAGAGACUGGAUUUGGAAUCAAAUGUAUAUCUUGGAAGAGAAUAACGUACCAUUACCACAUUAUGUUGGCAAGGUCACGUCAAGUGCAGGGAAUAAGAAUGCUAAGUAUGUUCUUGAGGGGGAAUAUGCCAACACCAUCUUUAAAGUCCAUGAAAACACUGGAGACGUGUAUGCGUAUGAGAAGCUGGACCGAGAAAAGAAAUCAGAAUAUAAGCUGACAGCGUUUUGUAUUGACAGAACAACCAACAAAUCACUGGAAAAGCCAUCCACUUUUAUCAUCAAAGUUUUUGAUGUUAACGACAACGUUCCUGUGUUUGUACAAAAAUCAUUCAAUGGUUCUGUCCCAGAAAUGUCACCAGUAGGAACUUCAGUCACGAAAGUGACCGCAGUGGAUGCUGAUGAUCCUACAGUUGCAGGUCAUGCCACUGUCAUCUACAAAGUCAUUCAAGGAGAGCAUUAUUUCCGAGUGGAUGAAUUUGGAGUGAUUUCUACAGCCACAGCUGAUUUAGACAGAGAGACUCAGUCUACCUAUGAAAUUGUUGUUCAAGCAAAAGAUUCUCCAGGGUUUCACGGAGGAGAUUCAAGCACUGCGACAGUCACCAUUACUUUGACCGAUGUCAAUGACAACUUCCCAACAUUUCAACAACAAUCGUUCCACUUUAAAGUCCCUGAAAAUGUUCGAGUAGGAAGUGAAGUCGGCAGAUUGGAAGUAGAAGACAUUGAUGAGCCACAAAACAGGAACACAAAGUACCGUUUUGUCAGAGAACAUUAUGGAGACACCUUUGAAAUUAUACCAAAUGCAGUCACUAAUGAAGGAAUAAUUAAGCCAAAGAAGCCAUUGGACUAUGAAAACAUAAAAGAGUACAAGUUUAACGUUGAAGCAACUGAUCCAACGAUAAAUAUGCGUUUUUUCAAGCCUCGUGGGCCAAAGAGCAUUGCAGCAGUUACCAUUGAAGUUCUUGAUGUUGAUGAGCCCCCCGUCUUUUCUAAGCCAUCAUAUGUUUAUACGAUAAAAGAAAACCUCUCCCCAAAAAACCCACUUGGCACUGUUUUGGCAAUAGAUCCCGAUGCAGCAAAACGGAAAAUUAGAUAUACCCUCCGAAGAUCCAGCCCUAGUGGGGACUAUGUCAAAGUGUCCAAUAACGGAAAUAUCUUCAUCUCAAAGCCCCUGGACAGAGAAACCAGCGCCUGGCAUAAUUUAACUGUGGCAGCCCAAGAAAUCAUUGCAGACAAUAAACUGUCUGAUGUAGAAUCACAUACACAGGUUUAUAUCCAAGUUCUCGAUCAAAAUGAUAACCCUCCAGAACUUGCUUAUCCUUAUGAGCCCAAAGUGUGUGAAAAUGCUGCACCAGGAAAGGUAAUAAUCACGAUUUCAGCUACUGACAAGGACGAAAUGUUACCUGGUGUUCACUUCAACUAUUCCCUGGCCACAGAAGACAGCAACUUCACAUUGGUGGAUAAUCACGAUAACACAGUUAAUGUCACUGUCAAAUAUGGACAGUUUAAUCGUGAGCUGGUGAAAAUCCAUUACUUGCCUAUCAUCAUCUCGGACAAUGGUACGCCUGAACUGAACAGCACAAACAUACUUUCCAUCAGUGUCUGCAAGUGUGAUAGCAAUGGAGAAUUCACUUUUUGCGAAGAGGCAGCUAAGCAAGUUGGAGUUAGCAUUCAGGCGCUGGUGGCAAUUUUUAUCUGUAUCUUCACAAUCCUUGCAGUAAUCACAUUGCUCAUCAUUCUGAGAAAGAGGCACAAAAAAGAUCUGAAUGUGCUCCGGAAGAACGUGGCAGAGAUUCAUGAGCAGCUUGUCACCUAUGAUGAAGAAGGGGGUGGUGAAAUGGAUACCACCAGCUACGAUGUGUCUGUGCUCAACUCUGUCCGUAGGAAUGGCAUGAAACUAGAGGCUGGGCCCCGCCUGUAUGCGCAGGUCCGGAAGCCGACAGGAAAUGGAAUUUCAGGCACUGGAGAAAUGGCAAUUAUGAUUGAGGUGAAGAAGGAUGAAGCUGACAAUGAUGGGGAUUUGCUGCCAUAUGACACCCUUCACAUUUAUGGCUAUGAAGGUGCUGAGUCCAUUGCAGAAUCUCUUAGCUCUUUGGAGUCGGGAUCCUCAGAUUCAGAUAUCGAUUAUGACUUUCUAAAUGACUGGGGUCCCAGAUUUAAAAUGUUAGCUGAACUGUAUGGAUUGGAGCCAAAUGAAGACUUUGUGUAUUAAGGUCAAAACACCUUGUUUAGAUUUUUCCUCCCCUGGAGACAGAUAGUAAAACCAAGAAGCAACCAAGUUGCAAAAGGAGACUCAAUAGCUCUUUACUCAAGCAGCACAGGAUGUGACUAUGAUUCUAGAAACCAAAAACUCAGAGGAUUUAGGGUUAAAAAAAAAUGCAGCAAAAUCCAUUUUUUUAAAAUUAAUGACAUUGUUCUCGUCCUGUUCCCCUAGCAGUUAGCUCAGCUAGCACCCUGGUUCUUUCAAUGAUACUAGCUCUCUAUGGCCCACAGGUGGGCUCUACAGAAAAUGUCUUUUGAGUCUUUACUGCCCAGCACUUGUAAAAGUUUUCCAUAUAUAUACUGAUGCUUACAGCAGCAUGGCCCUUAUUUUUUCCAUUCCCCGUGUAUUACAACCUGUUUUAUCAAUGUGAAAUUAAGAAUGGAGGAGCAUAGAGGCUCUAGGAAGGAAUAUAUUGUGCUGGCACAUGUUCCAAACCUUCUCCCACAAUGUCUGCAGGGCCUUCUGUACCAUCUUGCAUGGCUAAUCCAUGCCUUUGCUUACACAACAAAUCAUCAUGUAAUAUUGAAGAUCAUUUCAUGAUAUUCAGAGAGUCGUGAUUUCUCCCUUCUUAAUUCAUUGAUUACCCUUCUCCUCCAAAAACGGGUUACUGCAGGAAACUAGGAGAAGGCUUUGGGUUUUUUAAAAAACCAACGUAGUGGUUUUACUUGGUUUAGUUGGUCAUUUUUAAAAAGCCUCACUGUGGGGAUUUCUGGCCCAGUCCUGCAAUACUAAAAUCUCUUUAUCCUCAAGAAAGGAAAAUCAUUUGUUCUAACUAAUGCUAUCCAAUGGAAUAUACCCUGCCAGGCAGAGAACCUACAUAUCAGGAGGAAGCUUAAGGCUCCAGAACUGUAGGUCUUACUAGAUUGAAAAACAAUUAAAUCACACAUAUUAGCGGCUAAGCAAGUGUAGGAGGGGUGCUGGAGUUUUCUUUUUAAUAUAGUUGAAGGAAUUCAGCUAUUUCAGGUUAAAAAAAAUUAAGGGGGGGGGUCUCACUACUGUGAAUUUUGUUUUUAAACAGGUACUGUAAAACGGGUAUUUUCCACCUAGGAAAGUAUUGGGGACUUCCAGACUAGACUACUGUAUCUGUGUACUCUACUGUUUUUCCAAAAGAGCAAGGCAUGAACAUAAGCAAGGUUUUGGGUGCCACAGCUUCUAUGCCCCUGAUCCUGCAAAGACACAUUCACAUACUUAACUUCAUGCACAGCAGGAAGUCAUCCUAUUCAACCGAAUGCAAGCACACACUGCAUAAAGUCAACCAUACAUGUACGUUUUUUAGGAUCUAGUCUAGUGAUGACAAUGGGCUGGCUCUGCUCCCAUUGAUGUAAGACUCACAUGGAUUUUAAUGGGAACAGGGUCAAUGAGAUACCCAGUUUUGCAGGAUCUGUAGGAAAUAGUUUAGCUGAUCCGUUGUUUUAAGAUUGGAUUGUAUAUAAUAGUAGCUAAGCCACAUAUUAAAGUCUUCUUUUUCAAAUCAGUGUUGUGGAACUUCACUGAUUUGCUUUCACUAAGCCAUGUAUCCCAUAACUAAUGCACAAAAAACAACAUCUUUUUCAGUGAAGAGUUAGUAGAAAGGGUAUUAAAGCUGCAUGUUGGUUUCAUUAUUACUUCACUACUUUUUCAAAAUAGACUGUACAACUUUUAGUGGGACACAAUGACCAAUUAUUCAGAUGUACUACACUUUCCAAGUACAGGCCUGAUCCAAAAUCCUUUGGGAGCCUUCCCAUCAAUGAUAGAUCAGGCCUGUUAUGAAUAAUGUAUAUUUGGGAUUAUUUAUCCUUCUUUUUAAAAAUAUUGUGUUUGUUCAUUUAAUCGUCAAUUUGCAAGUCCAAUCCUCAAUGUAAGUUAGUGAAGUUCUACUGAUGAUUGUGUUAUAAAGAGUUCUUACUAAUCAUUGUAUGUUAAGAUUUUCAUGUGUAAUUACAGUGUUGCUAUUCUACAGGAGAGGUUAGCUAUAAAAUUAUUCAAUGCCAUAACUAAAGAUUCUCCUGUAAACAGCAUCCAGAUAACAUUUUCUAUAAUCAUGUGGGGAGAGGGGAUGGUAGUCUGUGUUAUUAACAUUAUUGUGAGAAAUAUUGUAAUGAUCUUAUCAUACAUCAAAGAUGUUUGCACUGAAUAUUUUCUUUUUUGUUGUUGUUGUGUUUGUUUUGGUUUUGUUCUGAAUUACAUAAAAGCCAAAUUCAGGUGUAAUGUUAUUUCUUUGUGAAUUAAUAAGCUGUAUGCAUAAGACAUUAACAGGCUACUGGGUGCCUUGUGGGCAGGAGCAAUACACAAAGUCCCCUGGCUGCCCCUACAUCUAAGAGCCAGAGGAACAUGCCAGUCACUGUGGUGAACUGGACUUUUAAUGACAGUCAGCUGUGCUGACUGGAACCUCCAAUGUCCUUUUUCAGCCAGGCAUUCCUAUAAAAAAAACCAGACACCUGGCCACCCUAGUUGGCAGUGGCAUGGCCCAACAUCUCCCUAAUAUUUCUAGUCCCACCACAUCAGAAACAAGGGACUAGGCAAGGGCACAUGGGACUGGGCAAAGGUACAUAAUCCUGUACAAAACACAGUCAUUUUGCCGCAUUGCCUCUAUGCCCGGAUUUAGACAACACACAACAGAUGAGUAAACAGCUAUGGCAGAAAGGAAAGAACAGACUAAGGAGAGGAAGUUGUGUUUGCAGAAGAUACCAGUAAUGUGUUUUAAGUCACUAUCAAUUGUAUCCAGCCAUCUGUGAAUAUUUAAGACCCCCAUUCAAAGAUCCUUACAUUCAGUGGUUUAGACAACACUCCUUUAUCAUCUUUUUUCUUUGUUCAUUUUCAAUGAAAGAUUGUGACAAUUUUUUUAAAAGAAACUUGCCUGGACUGUUGGCAUUUACACAAAUAUAAAUAAAUUUAAUACUGUCAGUUCUUUCAGAGCUAAUUGUCAGGAGCAGAAUAAUAUAACAGUUUCACAUUACCGAAAUUUAGUGUGUAUUGUAGUAAAAGCACAAUACUUAUGUCAAUUAAGGGUUCCAAUUAAAUGCAUUUUUCCAAAGAAAGUUUAAAUAUUUAUCUGCAUUCAUUUUGCUUUUACCAAAGAUUGUUAUGUGGUAUCCAUUUAAUUAAAACAUACAUUU